UGCCACUAAGUCGCUCUAUCUGACGUCUUUCGGGCAAGCUUCUGACUGUAUCCUGCUCUCUGCGUUCUGCACCGCAACCCUCACUCUCAUUCGUACAAUGUCCUCCCGGAAAGCAACGCACGCCAAUUCGUGGUAUGUCGGAGAUGGGCGCAAGCUGGAGUCCGAGCUGGGUAGCAAUCUCGCCGAUGUUGAGGGGGAUGAGGAGUUUUCGCCUCCGAUCAAGGGCUGUAAAGCCAUCAUUGCUCCACAUGCGGGUUAUUCGUACUCUGGACGAGCGGCGGCAUGGGCUUACAAGAGUAUCGAUACAACUGGAAUAAAGCGCGUCUUCGUCUUGGGCCCUUCGCACCACGUCUACCUAGAUGGCUGCGCUCUGUCAAAAUGCGAAAAGUACGAGACCCCACUUGGCGAUCUACCUUUAGACCUGGACACCGUCAAGGAGCUCCGUGCAACGGGAGAAAUUCAAGAUAUGGACGUCCAGACUGACGAGGAUGAGCACAGUAUCGAGAUGCACUUGCCCUAUGUACGGAAGGUCUUCGAGGGAUUGAACAUCGCCAUCGUCCCCAUACUUGUCGGGGCAAUCAACUACAACCAAGAAGUUAAAUUUGGUACCCUUCUCGCGUCUUACCUUGCAAGAGAAGACACAUUCUUCGUCAUCUCUAGCGAUUUCUGUCAUUGGGGUACCCGCUUCCAAUACACGUUCUAUUAUCCCAAGGCUCCCCCGACCUCAGCACCUGCCAUCCGAUUGUCCAAAUCCGAUCCAUCCCCACCGUCGCUUGCCACUCAUUCUAUCCAUGCAUCAAUAUCCGCAUUAGACCACGAAGCCAUGGAGCUCAUGACCAUGCCACCGCAGACCGCGCACCAAUCUCACCUCGACUUCGCAGACUACCUCAAGAGGACCAAGAACACUAUCUGCGGCAGGCAUCCUAUCGGCGUACUCCUAGGCGCUCUGACGGUCCUGCAGAGUCAAGGACGGGUCCCGCAUCUGCAGUGGGUCCGGUACGAGCAGAGUAGCCAGUGUCAGAAUCUGCGGGAUUCCAGUGUCAGCUACGCGAGCGCAUACAUCAAGAUCUAGGCAUAUGUCCGCUGCAUGUAUACAUACAAGGACCUUGGAACGUGUAAACCCUGUACUAUCUAAUAGAUCUCUAUACCAAUCCGACACCAUCCCUACAUCCUUGAUUGUGCGUCUG